GCUCAACCUGCGCGUGUUGGCGCUCGCUGCGCUCGGCCUUGCGCUCGGGGACCCUCUGGAGCCCUCCAGCUUCCCGUCCAAGACGUAUUGCCCCUCGCCCGCCAGUAUGUGCCGCACCCUGGCUGCCUUCCCCACCACCUGCCUGGAGAGAGCCAAAGAGUUCAAGACACGUCUGGGGAUCUUCCUUCACAAAUCAGAGCUGGGCUCUGACUCAGGGAGUCUGGGCAAGUUCGACUGGAGCAGUAAACACAGCAAAGAAAGCAGAAGCUUCUCAGAAGAUGUGUUGGGAUGGAAAGAGUCCUUCGACUUGUUGCUGAGCAGUAAAAAUGGAGUGGCUGCCUUCCACGCUUUCCUGAAGACAGAGUUCAGUGAGGAGAACCUCGAGUUCUGGCUGGCCUGUGAGGAGUUCAAGAAGAUCCGAUCCGCAGCCAAGCUGAGCUCCAGGGCUCAGCGCAUCUUUGAUGAGUUCAUUCGCAGCGAAGCCCCUAAAGAGGUGAACAUAGACCACGAGACCCGGGAGCUGACCAGAACAAAUCUGCAAGCGGUCACAGUCACCUGUUUUGAUGUGGCCCAAGGCAAGACGCGCACGCUGAUGGAGAAGGACUCUUACCCGCGCUUCCUGAAGUCAUCUGCUUACCAAGACUUGGCUGCGCAAGCCACAGCUGCCGCCACCACCUCCACAUCCAGCUGCAGCCCAGCCGAACCCUCACACACAUGAGCCUCUCGGCAGUGAACCAGCCAGCUGAAAGCGAGGUGGGGUCACCCUUCCCCGAGGCGGCUGCCCCUGCAUGGAAGGCAGGCUCUGCCCUGCAAGUGCAGGGGGACAGUGCAGGGCAAGGUUUCCCAGCAGCCUGGACAAAGCGAGCUCAUCCACCCCCCUCCUCCAGACACUGUGGACAAGGGCUGCCGCUGCCUGUGGACAAGGGCUGACCACAGUGGCCAACGUGGGGCUCUCUGGGGAAAAGAAUGGGGCGCACAGCUAAGCACUGACUCUUCCCAGGGGUGAGGAAGCAUUCCAAGGUGGGAAAUGAAGAGCGAGGAAGACGACCUGAUCCAAUGUUUGCCUGGACAUCCGUUGACUUUGAGCGAAUCUUCUUUUCCUAAUUCCCAGAUAGGGCCCCGAAGGAACUGUGGGUAGAGAACCUUCGUGUUGUCCCCUGCUCACCUGGCCCAGGGCACUCCAGGGUCCCUGAGCUUCUUAACACUGUACUGUACCCAUCUUCAAAGUCUCAAGGUCAGCGAGUCAAUGUGAUUUCUUGCCCAGAAUGAGAUUUUGAUACCUCAAAAGCUGGCCUGAGUGCCUCUCCAGGUCAGGAGCGAGUUCUGAAAGAGAAACGAUUGCUCCUGGGACCCCAGUUUGGGUGCUUUAGGGUGGCCUCUGACAGCUAGCUCCUCACUCUGUGUUUGCAGCUGAAUCCACUUAAAUCAGAGUCCAUUGAAGGGCCUCCCUGAGUUAUUCCCUGCCCUGGAAGGUGGGGUGUGGAGAAGGGACGGGGCAGGCCUUCCAUGGCCAGUCCAUUUCUCAUUUCAAGCUGUGUGGAAUGAGGGAGAGAAGGGUCCUAAGAAACAAAUCUCUUGGCAAAGCCCAGAAGUCUGACUGGAAUCAAGGAAAAAGAGAGACGCUCAGGGUAGAAGGAAUGCUUGUGUUUCUUUCCCCAGGAACACUAGAGGGUUGGGAGUAACAGGGACCGGAGACCAUGCUGGCCCUGGGACAGAAGAUAGAAAUUGGGAGUGAAAUUGGAGAGCAGAGCCGCUGGGAAGAGUAGCAUCUGGGAGGAAGUUAGAUUCUACCUGUCACCUCAGGGCCUCACUGAACAAACCUUGUGUGCCGGGACUUCCUGUACUGAGCCCAGGAGCCCAGGAGAGGGAGAUGAGUUUGCCAGGCAGCCCAUACCCCUUGCCCGGGGGAGGAGGGGGCUGGAUGUCCAGGAUACCACUGUUCUCUCUGCACUUGAGCUGCUCCAGGAGGAAAUUAUUUAAGUACUAUUGGUAUUGUGUUGAUUGUCAAAAUUCUUUUAUUUGUUGUUCCUUCUGUUGCUGGUAUUAUUUAUUACGCCUCUACUGGAGAAUUUCAGCAGGAGUUGCUGCCUGCCUGCCCCUUUCUCCACCAGACUCUACCUCUGCAUGUAUUAGGAACCACUGAGGAAUGUCCGGAACUCCUCACUGUUUAAAUAGUUAUUUAUUGUUGACAAAGGGAGCUGGAUUCCUUGAUAUGAAUGAUGUAUGCAAUCCCCAUGUUCCUGUUUCAGCAUGUUAUAUUCUUA